AGCUUAGAAAGUUGAAAUGAAAAUUUUAAAACUAAACUAAAACAAACCCUUCUUUUCUUUCUCCCUCUUGUUUUCAGAUCUGAGUGAUUCAAUUCGAACUCUUCUCUGAAAAUCUUACUUCUCUCUAUUCAAAUCUUCAAUCAUUUUCUUUUUCUUUUACUUCUUCCAUUAAUCUAGUCCAGUUCGUUGAAUCUGUGUACCCUAAUUAUGUGGUGAAAGUUUUUGAAGUUUAUCAGGGGAUGAGCUUUGGUUUCUUUCAAAUUUACUAGCCCAACUGAAGAAAAUCAAUGGUGAGGGAGCAGAGUCUCGAGUCCUUUUACUCUAAGCUCCGCCAGUCGGUGACGGCGUCUUCUGAUUCUCCGCUUUUGAUAUUCCCGUCAACUUCAGAUGUUGAUUCUCUUUGCGCCCUCAAAGUCAUUUUCAAUGUUCUUGAGUCCGAUUCGGUCCUGUAUGCUUGCUACCCCGUUUCCUCUUUUCAAGAAAUUCACAAGUAUGCGGGUUCCGAUUUGUCUUCGUCUGAGAAACCUGUUUCGAUACUUUUGAUCAAUUGGGGAUGUCACCGGGACUUGAGGAAAGCGUUGAGUUUAGGCCCGGCGGCGCGCGUUUUCGUUGUGGAUAGUCACCGUCCGAUUCAUUUGCACAAUUUGAGUGAGCAGAAUGACCGGGUUGUUGUGCUGUAUACUUUGGAUGAUGAAAAUCAGUCAGAUUUGGCGUACGAUUUUGAUGUUUCGGCUUUGGCUAAUGCAAGUGAGAUGAAUAGUGACGAUGAGGCUGAUGAAGAAUCGGAAAGCGAUGAUGACGACGACAGUGAAAGUGAAGGGGAAGAAGCUGGCCGUGGAUCGAGGAAGCGGAGGAGGGUUUCUCAAGAAAACGAAGACGACCCAGUUCAGCUUUUCCGGAAACUGAAAAAGGAGUAUUAUCGAAUGGGCACGUUUCAUGGUAAGCCUUCUGGUUGUUUGAUGUAUGAAUUGUCACAUUCUUUGAGGAAGAAUACAAACGAGUUGCUGUGGUUGGCUUGUGUUUCAUUGACGGAUCAGUUCGUUCAUGAGCGGUUAACAGAUGAGAGAUACCAAGCUGGAGUAAUGGAGCUCGAGCAGCAUAUAAACAGUUCGGGUAAUUUGGAUGCAGUAAGUUCGGUAACCCUUAAAGAUGGAACAAAGAUUCGUGCACCCAGUGCUUCUAGAAUUGCUUAUGAAGAUGAGCCUAGACUAAUGCUGCUGCAGGAAUGGAAUUUGUUUGAUUCAAUGCUUUGUUCAUCGUAUAUCGCAACUAAAUUGAAAACCUGGAGUGACAACGGAAUGAAAAAGCUCAAGCUUCUUCUUGCCCGGAUGGGAUUUGCACUGGUAGAUUGCCAACAGAAGUUUCAAUACAUGAAUCUUGAAGUGAAAAAGAAGAUGAAAGAUGAGUUCGAACGAUUUCUACCCGAGUACGGGCUUACUGAUUUCUAUUACAGGAGUUUCUUGCGGCUACAUGGCUAUAGUUCAAGGGUUUCUGCUGCAGAUGUUGUGUAUGGAGUCACUGCUCUUCUUGAGUCUUUUGUGAAAACAGAUGGCUCUUGUGCAUCGAAACAGUUUGGCGUGGCCUUUGAUGCUCUUUCGUUGGGCAAUCUUGAUAAGCUGAAAGAUGGAAUGCAACAUGCUAUUAGGAUACAAAGAGCAAUUCUCAGACAAGGAAGCACAGCAAUAACUAAGAGUGGUUGCAUAAGAAGUGGAAGGAAAUUCCGGUGGGUGAAGCUUGAAGAUUCAGUGGAUACAAAGCUGUUGGGGUACCCACAGGCAUUGACAAAGUUUUGUUAUUUUUUGAUGGAUGCUCUGCGAGAAAAAGGUGCUAGAAUGAAACCUUUGCUUUGUGCUUGCUUGUUGAAUGAGACCAACAAGGUGUUGAUUGUAGGGGUUUGUGGAAAGCCUCGACUUGGUGCUGUUCAAGGAAACGCAUUUGGAAUUGCAUUUAGGAAUGCAGCUGAGGAGAUUGGAGCAGAUUUCUUCCAUGAAUUGUUUGAGUCUUCUUGGAUUGUAUUGGAUACGGCCUCUGUCAAUUCUUUUAUGGUAAGGUUAACUGAGAAGCUUUGAUGUGGAAGCUUGACUCGACUAUUUGGAAACUCUGAGAAGCAACACACAGUUUGCUCCCACAAGUUCGGAGUCAAGUAAAAGAAAAAAAAAAUCAAAUGUUCAGCUACUUGAAGCAAGUAUGUUCUUAAGUCUUGACAAAUUGUGCUUGUUUGAGAUGUUUAAUAAAUGAUAUCUUAUAGUUGAUCUGUAUGAAAAAAUGUGUGUUUUUUCACUUUCAUUUUAACAUUACUUCUGUUGUACCAUGAUUUUCUAAGCAUUAAGUUAACUUUGGCUCCUAAAUUUGUAACAAGUUCUCAUUCAUUUUAUGAACUUCUGAAAAGGUGGCAUAAUUGUAA